GUGCAUGGUGGUUGUAAAAAUGAACUAACAUCUGCACAUUCUGAUACCAAACUGAUCUAAUCUCAGACCUCUAUUCUCAUUCCAUCCUCCUUUCCUUCAAUAAAGAGGAAGGAACCAGUGUGAGGUCAUGUAGCAAACUAUAAGAAGAAGUUGGUCAGAAAAUUAACACGCCAUCAACCGCUACUCUUUUUUCUUACAGCCUUUGUACGGUUCUCAAUAAUUUUCUGUUUUUCUGUGUGACGGUGAAGAGGUGUGAUCUAAACAGUCUGUCAUAUAGGAAGUAGAGGGGUUUGUCAGAAGAACUGUAGUUGUAGAGAAGGUCACUUGUCAGUGGGACAGAAUGGAGAACACAUUGCUCUGUGUGCUGCUCUUGCUGAGUAUCCUCAUCUACUGUGGACACUGUGAUGAAGAUGAUGUUCAGCCCAGAGCCACAUUGAGAAUCUCUCCUCAGGGUCUCCUCUACUCUGGAGAGACAGUUACUCUGAUGUGUUCAGUAGAGUCUGACAGUAGCUGGAGCUAUAAGUGGUACAAAGACAGGAAUGACAAUGUAGCAUCCCAGUCUGAAAGACGCACUAUAACAGGAGACACCCUCACCAUCAGUAGAGUUACUGAGUCUGACCAGGAUCUCUACUGGUGUCAGGGAGAGAGAAGAUCCAGACCCACAUCUUCACAAUCAAGUAACUUUAUUACCCUCACUGUGUCUGCUCUGCCCACGGCCUCAGUGAGUAUCUCUCCUCAGGGUCUCCUUCACUCUGGAGAGACAGUCAGCAUGCAGUGUGACAUAUCAAUGUACACAGACUGGACGUACAGCUGGUAUAUAGGCAACAAACUCGAUUCCAGUACGCCUGGUAAAACCAUCACCACUCUGUCUAACCGGGCUGGUCAGUACAGAUGUGCUGGGGUAAGGACAGGUCGGCCUCAGUGGUCUCAAGUCAGUGUUUUCCUCCCCAUCAGAGUCACUGAUUAUCAGCCGUCGACAACACUGACUUCAGACAAAGAGGACGUAUUCACAGGAGACAGAGUGACACUGAGCUGUACUGUAGAGUCUUCUGGAUGGAAGUUUUACUGGUACAGACACAGAUCAGACUCUACACCAGUAACCACAACCUCUGGAUACUCCUACACACUCAGCUGGGUCAGUGUCUCUGAUGGAGGACAGUACUGGUGCAGAGCUGGGAGAGGAGACCCAGUCUACUACACCCUGUACAGUGACCCAGUCCAGAUAAACAUUACUGAGAGACCUGUUGCUGUUCUGACCCUCCAACCCAACUGGACCCAGAUAUUCAGUGGAGAGACUGUUACUAUGAGAUGUGACAUACAGGGAGGAGGAGACUCUGACUGGAACUACAGAUGGUAUAAGAAUAGUCAGUUAUUCAUCCCCUUUAACACAAAGCCUGAGUACAGAAUCAGUCCUGUCUACAUGUCUAACAGUGGUUCAUAUACCUGUGAGGGUGUAAAGGGAAACAAGUUCUCCAAGACCAGUGAAGCUGUACAACUGAAUGUGUCUGGUAAACCCAAGGCUGUCCUGAGUAUCUCUCCUCAGUGGCUGAACCCUGGAGACUCAGUGGCUCUGAACUGUGAAGUUGACAAGACGUCUACAGGCUGGAGGUUCUCCUGGUACAGGACUGUUCCCUACAGAGCUGGGUUACCCUCCCUAUCAGACAAGUCUUACUCUCUACAGCCCCUAUCUGACAAUGUGACUAGUGAAGUCUCCUACACUCUGAUCCCUGCUGGUCCUACUCCCACAGGAGGAUAUGUGUGUAGAGCUGGGAGAGGAGACCCAGUCUAUGAUACACUCUACAGUGAACCUCAGUUUCUCUGGUCAGGAGAUCUGCACCCUUCAGUGUCUCUCAGAAUAAAUCCCAACACAACUCAACACUUUAGAUCAACGUCUCUCUCACUGAGCUGUGAGCUGAAGGGGAACUCUACUGGAUGGAGACUGAUGAGAUACACAGAGAGAGGAGUGGAGUCAGGGUGUGUCUCUAACUGGGGAUCAAUAACAGGGUCCACAUGUACCAUCAGGUCCACAUACACAGGGGACAGUGGAGUGUACUGGUGUGAGUCUGGAUCAGGAGAGUACAGUAAUGCUGUCAACAUCACAGUAAAUGCUGGUGAUGUGAUCCUGGAGAGCCCUGUUCAUCCUGUGACUGAAGGAGACUCUGUGACUCUGACCUGCAAAUACUGGACAACCAGCUCAAACAUCAAGGCUGAUUUCUACAAAGAUGGAGUUCUCAUCAAGAAUGAGACCACAGGAGAGAUGACCAUCCCUGCAGUAUCCAAAUCAGAUGAAGGAUUCUACACAUGCAAAUACCCUGACAAGGGAGAAUCACCAGAGAGCUGGAUGACAGUGAGAGUCGUAGCUCCUGGAUCCUCUACAUCAGUCCUAGUAGGAGUGGUUGUGGGUCUGGUUGUUGCUGGUGUUCUACUGGUCAUUCUCCUCGUCCUGCUGUGGAGAUUUAAAAACGCCAAAGGUUCCUGUUUUAACAGAAUAUUCUUGCACCCCCAGAUCCAGUGCACCAACCAGGACCCCCAACAGGACCAAGGAUCUACCCAGGGUCAGGCUCCUGAUGCUGGGUAUACAUGUCUGCAGCAUGGUGGUGUUCACGUCUACGAUACGAUCAAUCCCUCAGACAACUAUAAUAAUGGUACUGUAUACUGUGUUAUGUUUAGUAUGAAUACAGUAUAGAGUUACUGCUGCUGUUUGUCAUGUGUUUAAUAUGAAUACAGUAUAGAGUUACUGC